AUGGAGGCGCUCCCGCUACUGGUCUUGGAAUCUGUGUGCGAGUACCUGGCGCACGGUGAACCACGGAAGACCAGUUUGCUUGCUUUCGCGUCUCGGUUUUUACAGAUAUCAAUCAACAUAAAAGAUGGCUAUUUCCCUCAAUCACUGGAGCGGGUGGAGCGCAUGUUGGAUGAAACACAAAGUCGUACUUGCGUCAGGGUUUUGAACCUCGGCUGGGACAGGGCUCUCUACUAUGAACCGUAUGAGAUGCUCAUGACACCCGAGAAGAGGUUCUGUGCCUCGUGCCCACUUCAAAACGCGAGCUUUGAGGGGAAGAAGCCUCGCGAUGCAAGAUGGUGGAAGCCUCUUGUCCGGUUCCUCUCGAGCAUUCACCUUAAAGACGUCAUAUGGGCGUCUCAAGAGCAGGUACCUCGUUGCAUCCUCUCUGUCUUGAAUGAGCAGAUUCCAAGGUGUCGACUGCACGUCUAUGGAUUCGAUCUCCGAAGUCUCCACCAGAGUUCAAAGGAUUCACUGCAGAACAUCAAUGACACUGAGUUUCUACUAGCAACAUCACCAUGUUUGUACAACAUCAUCACAGCAAACAAGCCGACCGAUAACUUGCACUGCGACAACUACAAUGACGAUGCGAUAUUACAGUUAGCGGCAGGGAUGGCGUCUAAUCUGAAGCAUGUUCUUGUAUGGGAUCAGACCAUCACGCCGUCCGGGGAAUUCGAGAGAGGGAAAAGACACGCACGACUUGAUUGGCGAGGCUUCCGUCCUCAGUCGGAUAGCGAGUGGUGCGCGACACCUAUAACGAAGGGUCAACUCCACAGUCUGACUAUCGACCCUAGAAUCGCGAUAUUUGCCACACGAUUGACACUCUGGCAAAAGCAUAUCGACUUUUCUGUCUUACGCACUCUGACACUCGCUAAUAGAAUCGAGCUGGGUGCACUCCAAAUCCUGGUUGCUCUUGCGCAACAAGAUGGGCUCUGUCAUCUGAAAGCUCUAGACCUGCCAGUUAUCCACGAAGAUCACGAAGAGGCAGACUCGACGAUUGCACGACUACUAUCGUUACUGAAUCCGUUGGCCGACCUUGGAGUCGUCGCAGUCGGAGAUUGUGUCUACGAAGCGGCCCUCAAACAACACGGCGGCAGUUUGCAAGUCUUCCGCGUGAAGGAUACUGUUCUUUCCGCGCAGCAAGUCACCCAGCUUCGAGAAUCGUGUCCCAAGAUCAGGAAGUUGAGCAUUGAGAUACUACGGUCUGCGGGAGAUCAGGUCGAAGUCAAGACAUAUCGAAACCUGGGCUCCAUGCGAUAUCUGGAAAGCCUGUCGCUGGUGCUUCAUUGUAUUAAGUCUCUUCAACUUCAAGAGAUUGAAGAAGCGAAGCAAGUAUCAAAUCGCCGGGUUAGAAAAGCGAAGCAAGUAUCAAAUCACCGGUUUGAGAAAGCGUUCGCAGUAGCAUAUCGCCAGGGUUUGAUUAACGCUGCCGUAGACAAGACCCUCGCGAUGUCUAUUUUCCGAACGAUAUUCGACGCUCAUACUUAUACAAAAGCAUACCUGCCACCCAAGCUGACUAGUAUACAGUUACGAGUAAACGCAUCAGCAUUGGGCGUAGCCGGGGGGGGACUGGUUCUUCCGAGGUCUCCCUUUCCACAUAGGAAGAAGCUGGGCAUGUGA